AUGAAGGAAAUUAAAUCCUUGUUCACAGACAAUGCAAGGAUUGCAAAGCUAGUAAAAAUUAUAGAAAGCAAAAAUGAAAGCAUUCUCAUUGACUACUCUAAAACACACAUUGAUGACAGCGACUUCAAAAAGUGGCAGGAAAAGCUGGAGAAAAUAGACAUCGAAGGCAAGGUAAAGGAGAUGUUCUCGGGUAAAAAAAUAAACUAUACAGAAGACAGACAGGUUCUUCAUGUAAAGCUGCGCUCUGUCAAUGUGAUUCAAGCAAUGCGCACAGGAACCACAGAUGGCCUGGAAAAGGAAGAGAGAGAAAUAGUUAUGGAAUUAGAGAAAAUGCAGGUUAUAUGCAACAACUUUGAGAAUGGCAGCAUGAAGGGCGCCUCUGGAAAGACAAUUAAGAAUGUAAUUGGAAUAGGAAUAGGGGGAAGUGAUCUAGGGCCCCGCCUUCUUACAUCUGCAAUUCCACCUGCCUCUGCAAAUGUAGGAAAGCAGUUUAGGUAUGUUUCAAAUGUAGACUCGCAAGAAAUACAUGCAGCUCUUAUGGAUAUAUCUCUAGAGGAGACUGUUUUUGUUGUAGUCUCAAAAACAUUCACCACACAGGAAACGCUGGAAAAUGCCAAAGUUGCUGUUUCCACUCUUAUUUCUAGCUAUCCAUCUGGCCACACAGACAAAGAAAUCAUAAAAUCUCACUUCUUGGCAGUGUCUGCUGCAAAGGACAAGGCAGUUUCCUUUGGAAUUGAAGAUUGCAAUGUUCUGGAUAUGUGGGAUUAUGUAGGAGGGAGAUAUUCCCUCUGGAGUUGCGUUGGGCUUACCUCUGCAAUGAGCAUGGGCUUUGCUGCCUUUUUAGAGCUUUUGCAAGGUGCUUCUGAGAUAGAUACACACUUUUUAAACACUCCCAUUACAGAGAAUAUUCCUAUGCUGCAUGCAAUGGUGGAGUGCAAAUACAUAAAUGAAUACGGGUACGACAACAAGUGUAUAGUCCCAUACGACUACUAUAUGAAGCUCUUCCCAGCAUACUUGCAACAGUGUGAAAUGGAAAGCAAUGGAAAGUCUGUUACAAAGGCCGGAGAGCGCCUUAUCUCUGAAGAUUUCACUGAAAAGGGGCCUGCCAUGCAGACUGCACCUGUUAUAUGGGGGACUGUUGGUACAGACUCGCAGCACUCGUACUUCCAGCUGCUGCACCAGGGAACAGUCAGAACACUUUUAGAGUUUUUAGUCCCUAUUAACCCACGAGUAGAAACAGAAAGAAAAAACACAGAGGGCAGCAAGGGAAUGUCCACUGCGCACGAUGUGCUUGUCUCCAACUGCCUAGCACAGUCUAGAGCACUUAUGCUAGGAAAAGAGACAGAGGGCGAUAGGUACUUCAGUGGAAACAGACCAUCCAUUACAAUUAUGUACAGCCAUCUCACCUCGCACACACUUGGCAUGCUGAUUGCGCUGUACGAGCACAAGAUAUUUGUUCAAGGAAAAGUGUGGGACAUUAACUCGUAUGACCAGUUUGGUGUAGAGUUAGGAAAGGUAUUAGCAAAAGAAAUACUUGCUAAAGUAGAAAAAAAACAGCCUGCUUCAGAGUUUGACCCAUCAACUGACGUUCUCUUAGCACACUAUCAGCAGAAAAGAAAAUAAAAAUCUGA